UCUCCUCACUUCUCUCCUCUCUGCUCCUCCACCGAGAAGACAGACCGGCCUCCUCUGUCACCAUGACAGCAGUUUAUGCUUCCAGCACCCGAAUGAGCGGCUUUGGCGGCAGCACGAUGGGCGGCAGCACGUUGGGCCGCAGCAUGAUGGGCAGCCAAGGCAUAAGCUCGUUCAGCGUGGCAGGUUUAGGCAGCGGCCUCCAGAUCUCCCGGGCCAGCAAAACCUUCGCUGCCGGCGGUGGCGCUGGUGGCAGCUACAGCAGCAGCUUUGCCAGCGGUGGUGGUGGUGGAUUCGGUGGCGGUUUCGGAUUUGGAGGCGGCGCCGGUGUCGGUGGAGGCGGCGGAUUCGGUGGAGGCGCCGGGGACGACAGUGUGAUCGGCAACGAGAAGUUCACCAUGCAGAACCUGAACGACCGCCUGGCCACCUACAUGGCAAAGGUGUUGGCGCUGGAGAAGGCCAACACUGACCUAGAGCUGAAGAUCCGGCAGUUCGUAGAGAGCAAAUCCGGUCCGGCCACCAGAGACUACAGCGCCUUCUUCAUCACCAUCAAAGAGCUGCAGGGCAAGAUCCAGGACGCCAUCAUCGCCAAGGGAACCGUCCUGCUGAGCAUCGACAACGCCAGACUGGCUCAGGACGACUUCAGAAUGAAGUAUGAGAACGAGCUGGGCAUGCGUCAGUCGGUGGAGGCCGACAUCGCCGGGCUGAAGAUGCUGCUGGGAGAACUGGGCGUGGCCAAGAACGACCUGACUCUGCAGAUCGACAGUCUGCAGGACGAACUGGUGUCCAUGAAGAAGAACCAUGAGGAGGACCUGCUGUCCAUGAGGACCCAGAUGAGCGGUCAGGUGAACGUGGAGGUGGACGCUGCUCCUCAGGAGGACCUCUCUAGAGUCAUGGAGGAGAUCAGGGAGUACUACGAGGGUAUCACCGCCAAGAACAACAAAGAGGCUGAGAGCUGGUUCCAGCAGAAGUCGGAGGCCCUCAGCAAGGAGGUGGUCACCACAGAGAUGACGCUGAAGUCCUCGACGACGGAGGUGAAGGAAGUGAAGAGUACGCUUCAGGGUCUGGAAAUCGAGCUGCAGUCUCAGCUCAGCAUGAAAGCUUCUCUCGAGGGCCAGCUGGCUGAGAUUCAGAAUCGCUAUGCCAUGCAGCUGAAUGGCUUCCAGAUGCAGGUGUCGGGGAUGGAGGAGCAGCUGGUGCAGCUGAGGGCCGACCUGGAGAGGCAGGGACAGGAGUACAAGAUGCUGCUGGACAUCAAGACCAAACUGGAGAUGGAGAUCGCCGAGUACAGGAGGCUGCUGGAUGGAGAGGGAGUCGGAUCUGUCAUCCAGUCCUCUGGAGGUUUGUCCUCUUCAUCAACCACAAAGGUCACCACAACUGUGGUCAAAAAGGUCAUUGAGGAAACCAUCUGAGCCAAUCACACGGCUGUCUGAUCGGGGGCGGAGCCACAUCUUAACCUAUCACCUUCCUGCACGCUGCAUCGGGAAACACCUGACCGAGAGCGAAUCUUGUCUUCAUUGCCUCAUCUUCGAGGAGAAAAUUCCACGUUUUCUUGGUUGUUGGGAAAACUUCAGCAUUGUUCUGUUUGGUGCUUCAACAAUUAAAAGUCAACUAAAGUCAACUAAA